UAUAUGUGAUUCGUGCAUGUCGAGUUCCCGAUUUGUUUACGUACUAAGUUACUAGUGUUGGAACGCUGAUUUAAUUAAGGCAUGUCAUUAACUGUUCUUAAGUGUCAACACGCAUAAUGGGGAGGAAAAUUCCAGGGAAGAAACACAAAGGAGUGAAAGAUCCACUGCAGCAGUUAGCCAAACGCAAUCAGAGUCUUUCAGCAAAAGUCAAUGCACCACCAACUCAACCAGAUGAUCAGAGUGUUCCAAAAAGUUUAAUACGUCUUAUGAAGUUAAAAGAUGAUGUUAAACAAGGAAAAUUCAAGCGCAAGAAGAAGAGGAAGAAGCGGAAAGGUGGGGAGUGGCUUAUAGACACCGAAGUCCUUGCUGAAAAAGACUACAAAGUACCUGGUAUGACGCGGCCUGACAAACCUGUGCCACAUCUGAUUCAGAGACCUGGUGAAUCAGAGUUCCACUUCUUACGUCGAAUAGAGCAAGCCUGUCAUGAAGUAGUAAAAGAAUCCCAGUUUGAGGAUAAAUUUGGAGUAAAUGUUAUAAGAGAUACAGAUACAGGUGAAGUGGUUAAUGUUGUGAAGAAACCAAAGGAUCCUAUUCUUGAGUUUGAUGCAGCAAAGAAAAAGAAGAAAAAGAAUGAUAGUGCAAAUGCCACCGACAGUUUGUCGAAAACAGCUAGGAGGCGGCAAAAGAAACUGGAGAGGAAACAAUUGAAUAACAGUGAUAUGGAAAGAGAUUUUGACAUGUUUAAGGACAAUGUGAAGUUUGGAGAGGUUGUCAGUGAACCUCCACAAUUGAAAGCACCAAAGGGAAUCAAAAGCAAUCCACUGGAAUCAAAGCCUGGAAGAAAGGAUCUAUUAUUGAAGACUUUUCUGGAGAACAAGUAUGCUACAACAACAACAACAUCAUCAUCAUUAUCGUCGUCGUCAGCUAAGCUGGAUUUGACUGUGAAAAGGAAAAAACUUCCUGCUGCAGAACUUCGCCAACUUGAGCUUCAAAGGCAGGCAGCUGUUAAUGCCUACAGGUAUGUUAUGUUCACUUCCACAAGGAUGAUGUUAUUUGGGAAACACAAAUUGUGGAUGAAAGGACUAGUCAGUUAUUAAUAGCCCCCCCUUCGAAAACCACGUUUGAGACCAGAUGCAGUUCCAUCACUACUCCCAAACUGUCCUUCCUACCUUUCAAAGGAAGAAAGCAGACGUGAAUGGCCAGAGGAGAAAAAAUCAAGGCUUGAAAAUGAGCUAUUAGCUGCAGCAUUACAAUCUAGUUUAGCGUCACAGAAGGACUAGAAAACACUUUCAGCUUCAGUUCUUUAGAAGAGUUGAUGUUACGUACGAAGAAAGUGGAAUUGCCCAAUGGGUGGAGUGUGACGGGAAAAAAAAGUGAUUUUGUGUGUUUUUUAAAGAUAACAAGAAAACCAGCACCAUUAAUUACACAUUCUGUCAUUAUUGAUAGUAAUUUAAAUGUUUUGUUGUUUAAGAAAGAUGUGCAAAUUAAGACAUUAGGAAAAAGAUCUUUUCCUGUAAUUGUAACCAAUAACCAUGAAAUUGUCACUGUACUGCAG